AUCUGGUAUGCCAUUUGAACAUUUGGUCCGUUUUGUUAACGCAAUAAUAAAUGUAAGUUUUUCAACUGAACUUGGUCAGUUAUUUUUUUAAAUCAACCGGUGCAGUUGCAGCCUCUCAGCAGUAGGUGUCAGACUCUAUUGCCGGAAGUGAAACCUCUGUCUGCUUACAAACAGGCUGGAUGCAUUUUAAAGACCGUUAACGAGGCUAUAUCGCCACAAGAUAUCCAUAGCUAAGAAACCCUGCUAUCCGUAGGGAGUUUAUAUUACCAAAAAACGGCACCGAGUUAAAGUACAUUUGAAUGUACCAUGAAGCCGCAGCUGACUGGUACAACAACGCGCCUUAAAGCAGCUGGACCUGAGGCUGAUCUGGCUCUGCAAGAUGAGCUUAUUGCAGCGAUACAUGGAGCAUUUGAAGUGGCUGUGGAGAUCGCAGUUCGUGAGGUGACAAAGCUUGUAGGUCGCGCGACAGCCGACGUCUACGAAGAGAUGCGACAAGAGAACGAGUCCCUCAAACAAAGACUGCAGAGAGCCGAAGCUAUGCUGGACUCUUCGCGUAAGGAGGAAAGAUGUGCCAGCUUUCCUAAAACGAAGCAACUCCAGAAUGCCAACAAACCUACAGCUCAACAGCCUCCCCUACAAUACAAUCACAGCCCAAAUCCCAAAGUAGGCAGUUGCAUGGGGAUCAGAGGUGACUCUCCUCCUGCAGGUCCCAGUCAUGCACACCAGCCUUCUGACCCCCAGCAUGAGGAGCAGGGAUCAGUCCAGCAUCUCAGUGAUGUUGCUUCAGAGAAACAAGAUGAUGGGUAUGCUGUUGCUUGUGAUGCUCUGACCAAAGAAUCCAGCGAAGAGAUCUCCCGUGUAGCGGUGAGGGUAGAAGGCAUUAACCCACCAUGUCUAGACCUCGCAGCUCAACACCACAGCUCGCCACCACUUCCCAGCGAGGAUGACAAGUCCACUUUUGAGCAUGUUAUGAUAAAGCGGGAGAAGCCAGAAGAGGGAGGGGAUUCGGCAUGCUGUUUGGACUCGAUCAAAAUGGAGGAUUUUAGCAUGGAGGAUUUUAGCCCGGAGUGUAUGUCGGCGGUCCAGUCCAAAAUGCUGGAUGAGUGGAAACCAGAAGUGCUGGAUAUUCAGAGCCAGGACUCAAAUGCUCCUCUGUCCUGCAGCAAGCUGGCUCAGGAGUUCCCAAACAUCUUCCAGUUGGCAGAACCAGCUCCCGUCCCAGAAGCCUCUCCACAGGUCUAUGGAGUCCGUGUACGGACCAGCCGCAAUCUCGGCCACACCCACACCAACCUCUACGCCUGCAAGUCCUGUGGCCAGACAUUCCCCCUGCCCAGCUUGCUGCGGCGGCACUUUGGCCAGUGCCAGCAGAAGCUCCAGCAGUGUCUUCAGCAGCCCGUAGAUGCAAGCAAGAGGAGCCGAGUGCAGCUGUACCCACCAGGCUGCAGCCCCUUCCGCUGCACAGAGUGCAACCGAGAGUUCAACCGCAUGGAAAACCUCAAGACUCACCUUCGCAUCCACACGGGAGAAAGGCCGUACACCUGCUCAGUGUGCUCAAAGUGUUUCCGUCACUCUGGGGCGCUAACCAGGCACUUCCGCAUCCACACCGGAGAGAAGCCAUACAUCUGCGGACAGUGUGGGAAGUCAUUCAGGAACUGUGGCGGGCUAAAAUUCCACCAGCGUUCACAUAGCAAACAGUAAUUACACUUUUUUAUGUAGGAUAAAACCAGCUGAUAUUAUGUAAUAUGUUUGAAUGAAUGUAUAUGUAAAAUUGAAUUACUUAAUGGCUAAUAUCAGAUUUUAAAAUAUCAACAGCUCUCCUAUAUUGGUCUAAUCUUAAAUGAUAAUGUUAGUUAAUAGGUGACCAUUUUGUAACAGGGACUCUUGUCUAUACUGUUUCAACUAACAGGUCUUCUUUAAGAUCACAGGUUAUGCUCUCAACCACAAAGUAGCAUCUCAACAAGUUAUAGGAACUGUCAAAUGCAUCAUAUUAAGGUCAAACCAGAAAUGAUUUUGCUACUGAAACAAAUACAAUUUGUCUGAGUGAUGUUCUAUAAAUCAUUGUCCUCAUCAGUAAAAACUGACAAAGUAGAAAUGCAAAAUAUAGAUACAGUAGCUAUGUGAUCGGCCACUACUCUAUACAAUGGCUCUGUAGCACAUAUGGAAUGUGUGGAGUCUUUUAGCGUGAUUCAAAGUGAUUUUGAUUAUUGACGAAAAUCUGUUAUUCAUGACAACUUUGUUUAUCUAAUUGUUUGUGUGCCCGAUGUAUCCAAAUAAGCAUUUCAUUUUGACUACACUGAAACAUUUUAAUUAAAAGUGUGAGUUUGCUGAAGUGAACAAAUUGUUUUAUCAACAUGGAAGCAUACUAUAAUUUCAAUGUUUGAUUUGGUUAUAUGUGGAAAGUAACAAGAGCAUUUAUUCAAGACACUGGUAGAUGCAUCCAGGUCCAGAUGGAAAACAGCCUCUGCAGAGUCCCAGUUCACUUCACAAAGUUGGUUGUUCAAUGUUGACAGCGUGUGAGGUGGAGGAAAGGUGAUCUGUGGGCAUUCAAAUUGCCAGUAAAGGGUGACAAAGCUUUACAUACAUUACAUCACUGUUGUGAAGGUAAAUAUGGUGCAAAAUGUGAG